AUACGAAAUCAAAAUUGCAAACGUUUUCUUUUUCACCAUCUUUUAUACCAUCUGUAACAUUUAUCAAUAAGAACUCUUUGAUGAUCAAUUAGCAUAAUGACUACGGUAAAAGCGCAGAAGGACAAACCUUAUAAUGCAGCCCCUCGUUUGACGCCCCGGCCGACUGCCGCGUCGGCUGCGCGCGCUGCCCGGAAUGCAACCAACCGCAACUUCAACCAACCACUCUCCCAGAAACAAUCCCCUACAAGGGCAUCCCCUUCGCCAAACUCCUUAAAGGGUAAAAGUCCCGUACAGCGAAAUACUCAAAAAUCUGAUUCCAAGACUGAUAUUAAGAUAAAUAGAAAUCUCGAUGAUGAAACUCCGGCUUUUGACACAUUUACUGUUCCAUCUAAAGAAGAUACUGAUACAUAUAUCAUUGAUAACUCUUCUGACGUCAUAAUAGAAGAAGUAUCUGAUAAUCACGAUGGUCAUAAGAAUAAAGAAAAGGAUCAUCAACUCGAUGCAUGUGAAUUAGAGCAAAAAGAAGCAAAUUCUGAUGAAAUUACAGAUCUACAUCAAAUAUCAAAUUGUAUUGCUACUAGUCGACCUCAUACACCUGGAAUAAGUCGACCGCAGACACCCAAGAGCUUACAAUCCAGCAGGCCUCAAACUCCUCGCCCAUCUAGUCGACCAACUACUCCUGCUCAUUCUGUACCACGUCACUGCACUCCCGUCAGCCGCCCUAAUACGCCACAAUUAUCCAAUCCUAAUAGACCCAAAACCCCAUCAUCUCUCCCAUCUCCAAUUCCAAAAGGAUUAACACCAGUUUUGCAAAUUCAAACAUGCUCUUUUUUGGACGAUGAAGAUCUAAAAACAGCUUAUUUUAUGAAACAACGACAGUUUCAUCAUAUGAAAAAGGAAUUAGAUUUGAAACAACAAGAAGUACUAGAAGUUUUCGACAGUCUACGUAGUUUACGAGAACGUAUGUCACAGGAAGGUGUAUCUGGCGAGGAAGAAAGUCUUUAUCAGCAGGAGUUAGUAGUGUUUAAUGUUGCGGAUUGGGCGACAGAUGAGAUUACACAAUUAUGCCGCGAUGCUGUUGCCUCGCGCACUAUAGAUGGAGCUGCUGAACUUAUCACCACAAGCGCUUCUAUUGAUGAAUGUGCUCUUGCCGAAUUAGAUGCAAAAGCAUCAAACGUACCAGCUAAAUUUGCCGAUUUAUGUCUCCAGGCGUUCACAGCACGUCAAGAGCUUAUAGACUGGGUUAAGGAAUUGGUCGAGAAAAAUGAAAAUGGAAGCGGCGAGUCUAUUGAGCGUAUUGCACGCUACAACGCGCAAGGCCUAGAGCUCUGUGAGGCAUUACGCGAACUAAAGUCUUGUGCGGACGAUGUUGUGGAUACCGUGACGCAGAUUUCAAAGAGAGCAUGUCGCGAGCGGAGUGCUCUUCUAGCUGUUGGAGAGUCACUGGUACGGGAAACAGCACGGCUUCGUCAAGAUAUCGAAUCACGGACGAGUAUAGUAAAUGAAAUGCGUGAACUUCAUGUUGAAACAGAAACUACUAAACAACUCGAGGAAAUACGUCGUGAAUUAGAAGACGAAAAGGUUGCAAAAACAGCGGCAAAAGAGAAGCUCUCCAUCACAGAAUCACAGCUUCGCCAAGCACGUAUACGUAUUACAAAAAUGGAUCGGCAAUUACGUGAGGCUGAAGCCAGUAUUUCUAGUCUUACCGGCACGGUGAAGACUUUAGAGGAUCAGAGUCGACAGCGUGAAGUACAAUUAGAAGCUCGCGCGAGAAAAUUAAAAGAAUCCUUAAAGACCGGAGAAGUAGCCAGCGGUCAAAUUGCUCAGCAACGUAAUGCGCUUCAGUCAGAGGUAUUAGAGUUGAAAGAACAAAUCGAAACAAUGACAGCCCAACACAAAAAUGCUGUAGAAGAUUUAACAAAUCAAUUAAAAGAAUUAAAAAAUAGCUUGGAAGAACAUAAAAAAAUAAUACAGAAAGAAACUGAACUGAAACAGGCUGCGGAAGCUUCAUUAAUUAAGAGUAAUAAUACAAUCGAGGAAUUAAAGGCCAAAAUUGUGGAAAUUGAAAAAAGUAGGCCAAAUCCAGAGUUACCAACGGAAAGAGAGAUGGACUUAUGGGCUGAUUUACAAGCUACCAAAGAAACAUUACGCAUUACAGAAGAGGAAGUAACUGCAUGUAAACGAGAAAAAGUUCACUUUUUAGAAACACUCACAAAAAUAGCGGAAUCUGAGAACAAAGUAGGAUUGCAACAAAAACUAGCAGCUGAGCUCCUAAGUAAAGAGGAAAUUAUAGGCAAGAUGCAAAUGCAAAUUAGAGAAUUAACAAAAAAUAUUAAAUUAAAUGAACAGAAAGUUAUACAAUAUGAGCAAUACGUACGUGAUCUACAGGCAUACAACCGCACUGUUGCCAACUGUCAAGAAGCACCUAACGGUAUCAGCUAUGAAGAUUUGCAGCAAGAGAUCAUGAACCUCAGAAUGGGACUACUUGAAACAGUACAUCGUAAUGAAGAGUUAUCAGAGAUAUUAAUGCAAAAGGAACAACAACUUGAGCAACAAGACAAGACAUCACGUGCCCAGGCAAGAGUCAUAAAGGUGCGUGAAGAAUUGAUCAACAUGUUAAAGAACAAAGAAACGGAGCAGAGCCGAGAACUUGCCGCUUUACAACAAGAUCUUGAACAUCGUAUGAAAAUUGUAGAUGAAGUAAACAAGCAGAUAGCAGCAAAGGCAGAUGAGAUCCAGGAAUUGUUCACUACUUUAGAAAAUAAGCAACAGCAAAUACACCGACUCGAGAAGAUUGUGCUGGCGCUGGAGGAGCAACAGCGUCGAGCGCAGGCGCAGCGUACACGACACGAAGAAAAAAUUGCUGCGCUAGAACAUGAACUCGCAGCGGGUGGUAAUAGACGAGAACGAAAAUUCCUUUUUUUCUAAAGCACCUGAACAGUGAUAAUGAUUUCAAAAAUUCAUAAUUAGAAUUGAAAGUAAAUUUGUUUUGUGCCUGUUUUAAUAAAAAAUUGUUUAAAUAAAAAAAUAACUCAAUCUGAA